CACGUCCUUCCGGGAGCGCGCGCGCCGGUGCGGGUGCGUGCGUGAGCGUGCGCGUCUCCGCCGCCGCUUCUGCUGCCGGUGCUGCACCCGCGCCCUCUGCCGCCGCCGCCGCCGCCGCCGCUGCCGCCGCCGCCGCCCCCCGGGGUCUCCAGGCUGAGGAGUGCGUCGGCCGCUGCCCAGCAGCGCCGCGGAGCGGGGAGCGGAGCCGCGGAGCCGGCGGGAGGGCGGGCGGGCGGGCGGACGGGCAGAUCUUUUAAGUCUUCUGAGGAGCAUGGACCUGCUAGACUGCAAGCUGCGAGGGCCGAGAUUUUUACCUGUUUGGUUUAUUUUGUUACCACUGAGUCCCCAGCUCUGAGAACAGAGCAAGGCAUGUGAUCGAUGCUUCGUAACUGUUGAACAAAUGAAUGCUGAGCUGUGACGGCACCGACGUGUGUCCAGGGAGAGGAUGCACCCUGCCGUGUGGACGUGUGCCCAGGGCCCAGGACAGUGCCACGGAAGAGGACGCACAGGACAGCGCCACGGAAGAGGACGCACAGGACAGCGCCGUGGAAGAGGACGCACCCGGCUGUGUGGCAGGAGAGGUUCCCAAGGGUUAGCCUAACAUGGCAGACCAGAGACAGCGCUCACUGUCUACCUCUGGGGAGUCGUUGUACCACGUCCUUGGGCUGGACAAGAACGCAACCUCAGAUGACAUUAAAAAGUCCUAUCGGAAACUUGCCUUGAAAUAUCACCCCGACAAGAACCCUGACAACCCGGAGGCUGCAGACAAGUUUAAGGAGAUCAACAACGCGCACGCCAUCCUGACGGACGCCACGAAAAGGAACAUCUACGACAAGUACGGCUCGCUGGGGCUCUACGUGGCCGAGCAGUUUGGGGAAGAGAACGUGAACACCUACUUCGUGCUGUCCAGCUGGUGGGCCAAGGCCCUGUUUGUCUUCUGUGGCCUCCUCACGUGCUGCUACUGCUGCUGCUGUCUGUGCUGCUGCUUCAACUGCUGCUGCGGGAAGUGUAAGCCCAAGGCUCCUGAGGGCGAGGAGACGGAGUUCUACGUGUCCCCCGAGGAUCUGGAGGCCCAGCUGCAGUCUGACGAGCGGGAGGCCACAGACACGCCGAUCGUCAUACAGCCGGCAUCUGCCACUGAGACCACCCAGCUCACAGCUGACACCCACCCCAGCUACCACACCGACGGGUUCAACUAAAUCCAGGAGAAGCUGUGGUCAGAGGAGGAGCCGGCGCCCGGCCACGCCGACCUUAGAGAGGAGCCAGCGCCCGGCCACGCCAACCUUAGAGUCAUGAACUGUAGUCACAGAGAUGGGAAGGCAGCCUCCUGCCUGCCCCGGCCUUGCCGGGGCCCCUCCUGCCUCCACGCCCACCCAGCGCCAACCCUUGACCCACGAAGUGCGUAGCAUGCAGUAUUUAAAGCAGUGUAGCUACGAUCUUCUGUUCUUUUUCCUUUUGUAAUAGCAUGUACGGGGUUACGUUCCGUGUCUGUGUUGUGGACGUUCUGCGGCAUGACCGCGUCGACCGCACAGUGGAGCUGCCUCAGGGCUGUCGGUCAGGCCGGUCCAGUGAGGGGUGACUGCAGCCGGCCAGGUGGGCGAGGAGAAGGGGAGCUGCCCCUUUCUUCCCUGUGCUCGAGGGGCCGGAGGCAGGUGCUGCCUGGCAGGGCUGUGUUACCGUCUUGGCCUCGGGGUCUGGUCCACCCGCUGUGCUCCCAGCCUUGAGGCUGCAGCAGGACUCUGAUCUCACCUGCCAGAAAAGGGGCGAGGCUGCGUCACCGGCGUCACCGUCAUUCCUUGGUGUCUGUGCUGGGCACAGUUGGCUUAGGGCUCUGUGGUUUCCUGGGCCUUGUGGCAGGGUUUCUCCUGUGGGAGAAUUUGGUGUGGAAAGCAUAGGAGGCUCCUUCCGAGGUUGACCCCGUGUCCUCCGCACAGUGUGUCUGGCCUGGUCUCCUUGUCGUGUGGACGCUGCGGUUCCUCGGAGGUGUGUCCUUCGCCCAUGUUGGGGUUGUUUGUCUGUGUUCCUGCACUUUUCCCGGGCUCUGAGCUGCAUUGAUGGGGCCAGUCUCCCCGCUCCCGUCUUGGGGUCAUUCUCCACAUUCCUUCCAGACCACCUGUCCUUUCCGUAGCCCUUUUUGAACCUUUAGAACCACAGAUAGUAGGACCAGCCCGAUGGGCCUCAGAGAGUAGAUUGUGCAUAUGUGAGCACCCAGUUGCUGGGGAUGGGGGCUCUCCCAAGAUCCCUCCUCCUGUGUUUGCCAGAGCUCCCAUCUGCCCCACUCGCCUUUGCCCCGUCAUCGAUGAUUCAGGCAGAGCCAGGUUCAUUAGGUCCCUGGAGGAAGGACUGACGGGACCAGAGGGACCCUCUGGCUCAGAAGGGUUGGGUCCCUGGGAGGCCAGACCACAGAAUCCACAUGUCGGAAUCCACGUGCAGACCAUUGGAAGUCAGUCUCUUGUGUGUCCUAGACCUUGUUGGUGGCGCCCUGGGUAGGGGAGCGGAGGGAAACUGUUCUGAUGUGCCUGUGCUGGCCGAGCGAGGGCUCAGAGCUGCCCCCACUCCAUGGCUCAUGGGAUGUGCUGGGCCUGCCUUUGGCUGUGUGCUGCAGACUCCAGUGGGCCUGGUUUCUGCAGAAUGUCCCUGGUGGCUCUGGCUCAGACCAAGCCGAUGAGCCUCCUGAAGCCCCCUUUCCCCGCCUGCCUGCUGACCCGUGGCCCCAGCUUGCUCAUUGCCCUCAGCGGCCACCCAAGGCUGUGUAGAGGGGUAGGUUCAGGUUGACCAGGAGGUUGUCAGAAGGGAUGUGGUUUGAGGACACAUCGGGACGUGCCUAGGAACGGGGGGCUGGUGAGGCCCCAGCUGACCCCUCCUGUAGGUCCCCGUGUGGACUGUGAGCUGGCUGCCGUGAGCACCAGAUCCUGGGGCAGCUGUGUCCGUCCCACCCUUCUUUUUCUCACUAAAAUGAUCAUGAAGACCUUUGACGAGAGGAGAGAUAUGCACUGUGAUGUUAAAUGAGAAAUAAUUUGUCAAAAUCAGACCUCUCCUAAAAAAGUAAGAAAUUCAUUGUUUGGCCCGUCCUGAAACGUGAGGCGGCGAGACAGUGGGGUGCCUCUGUGCCACUCAGCACAACAGCAAGUUCAGCCUGAGAUGCCGGCUACACUCAGCCUUUGCAAUUUUUGUAGAUGUAGCUUAGGACGUGAGUGAUUUUUCUGCAGACUGGCCAAGAGCCAGGUUCUAAGCUUGGACCUAAGGUAGAAAGCCACCCACUGGGGGCCCUGGCUCAGCCCCACCAGGCUCUCUGUUGGGCCUGCACACAGCUCUGUGGCUAGAACACUCCAAGGCCCUUCGAUACUCAUCACAGAGGGCCCCUUGCCCGGUGGCUUUUCAGUUACAGAGUCCAAUGGACCAUUUUUUAGAAUGCAGCUCCCUGCAGAAGGUGGGGUAGCGGGGGAAGGAAGAGCAGGUCUGGAGGUUUGUGGAACCUGGUCCCCUGCAGAAUUUGUAAAACCUAAGUAACUCACGGCCAUGGCCAUUCUCACGGUGGUGACUGUGAUUCUGAGAUCCCCAGGAAGCCCAGACACUCGGGGCCUGGAGCUCCUCCCACUGCCCGACCUGGAAGCAGAACCCUUUUCAGCAUUCUGCCCUGUUGGUUUUAAGGCCUUGUCUUAAUUCAAGGAAGAAGAUCCUUCCAGGUUUUAUUUCUCUUUUUAUUGAGUGGACUGUUUCCCCAUUGAAAGAGAUGGUGAGUCCCCAGGGACAGCUUUCGCACCUCCCUGUCCACAUGCUAACAGAUCAGGACGCCCCCAGCAUCCCUGCCUUCGGUGGCAGUGACGGGAUCCCCAAGUCCUCACUCUGAGGCUGCGGACGGUGCUGUGAGCGAGUGUGGCCGUGAGCACAGAAUGUCCCGUUGGACGCCGCUGCUGGGCGCUGCCAGGGGCCUGCUGGGGUUGUGCUUUGAGGCCUGUCCAGUUCACGAGGGGUCCAGGCAGCACUGGCUGCUUCUGACCUGCAGGAGGCAUGGGUGCAGCCCCGAGGGCCCUCUCCCGGCAGCUGCUGUGUAGAUUGUCUCCACUCAGUGACGUGGGGUUUUUUUGUCUUCCUUUUGGCUUUACUUUUAAACUGCUUUAGAUAUUACUGCUCAGUGUUUGUGAACUUUCCUAGUUCUGUGUGUUCAGUUCGUGCAGCCAGCACCCGGUGGGGACCUGUUAGAAAAAGGGACUGGCGUGUGCACGUGCCCAGCAGGAAAAGCUUCACCUUCACGUCGGCUGCCGCCGUCCAGGAAAGGCCCUGGGGCCUCACGCCGUCGAGGCCGCUCUCAGGUGCUGUGUGUUGCCAGUGGCCGCCGUCGCCUGCCGAGCCCAGGGCGUUCUGUUGUGGGUGGGCCUCGUGCUGUGGGGGCACCAGCACGCAGGCUGCCACUGGAGGGUCCGGGUGCUGCGGGCAGAGUUCGACGUGGGGCUUGUCCACCCGACUUAGCUCUGGCUCAGUGCAUCCUACUGUGGGGACGUCUCGUGGGGGACACGAAGUGACUGAUCUCACCCUUUCCCAGUAUUCGGAGCUGUGAACCCGUGUGGCGCAGGACUGGCCUGUGUCUGUUAUUUUGGUUGUAAAUCAUCCUGUGGAAUUGGCAAAAGCUACAUUUUUACUGUCCUUACCAGCAACAGUUCGCGUCGUCACAUGCUGUGAGUGUGGGCUGUGGUGUGCCCGUGUGUGUACAUAUGUGUAUAUGUAUAUAUCACACAGCAAGCGUGUCAUUUGUGCUGCUGUCCCGUGGUGAAGCCACAAGUACAAUUUCAGGUGGCUCUGAAACGGCCUUUGCUUUCUUGGGAGUUGGGCAGGGACCUGCAAGAGGCUUUCCUGGCAGGUGCACAGAAGGAAGCGCUGAGCCCACUGUGUGCAGAGGAUGUGUGCCCAGGGCACUGCCACGGCCCCCACCGGUGUUGGCCUCUGCUCUGCAGGGUCGGGUGCCCAUCCUGGGGGCUCCAUGUCACGCCCACCUGACCCAGGUGUGUGUCCCGGUGUGAAAUCUAGGAGGUGACUGGAAACCCUUCCCUCCCUUGCGACAUUAAAGCCGAUUUUCUAAGCAAGAGAUACAAUCAGUGGGAAAGCUGCAUCUGAAGGGCAGCCUGGGAAGGGGCCCCGUCCUGGCCCCAGGUCCGCCCCAGAGGAGUCUACCCAGCAUCACCGCCAGAAGAGGCUGGGCCAGGUCCUGCAGGCGGCACCUUUUGGUAGAUAUUGUUUCUCUGGAAAAUGGGGAAAAUGUUUCAAACCAGGUGAGGGGGGGAAGUUAACACUGAAAUAUGUCUUGUUUUUAAAAAUCAAACGCAAACGCAUGGAAGCUGCUUGUCCAUGCACUGGUUUUUCACUGGCGUCCUGGAGUCCGACCGUGUUGGGUGCAGGCGCUGUCAGACUCCGGCUGAUCCUGGCUCGAGCACACACAUCUGAGGGCCAGGCUGGUUCCGCAUGGUGAUCUCCGUCUUGUAUGUCUGAAUGUUGACCUAAAAUAAAGAUUACUGUUGUAAAAUAAAUGUUUUCACUGC